AUGACAUUCAAGACUCAUGUCGAGAAGUGGACAGCCAAGGCCCAAGCGGUCGCCCACCACCUCCGAAGCCUAGGGAACACCCGGCGCGGUGCCCUGCCGAGCGCUGUGCAGAGGGCAGCCAGAGCCUGUGUCGAGCCGAUCCUGCUCUUCGGCGUGGAAGCGUGGUAUCCAGGUACAACGUGGCGACGCUGGAGACGACCGUCGAAGGAAAGACCGUCUAGAGUCCAGCAGCUUGUGCGGAAAAUGAGCAAAGCCCUCAAGCAGGCCGUCCGAGCCAUUCUCCCAAUCUGGAAGACCACACCGAUCGCUGUCUUGCAUCGAGAAAGCGGCAUACCUCCGGUUCACCAACUCCUGGAGGCAAGACGUCUCCGCUUCUCUGCCCGCAUCAAAUCACUAGACCACGCACACCGUCUGGCCAAACGCACCACCGAAGCAGCGCCACAGCCCAUCAUAAAGUGUAUCAAAUUGAAGUACCAGCUCCCACCAAAGGUCUUUCCAACCCGGUUGAGGAAGACGAACAGAUUGCUAGGGAACUGCCGCCAACGCCCCGUACUCAUGCCGCGCAAAUAUAGCCACGAAACACCGCAGCCCCUCCAAACUGCAUCCAAAGAAGAGUCCGCCAAAGACUUUGACCGAUGGCUUCAAACCAUCCCGCCGCUUAGUCUUAUCGUGUAUUCUGACGGCUCACUGUCCUCCAGCGGUGCUGCCGGAUACGGCUAUGUUGUCCACCAAAGCGGACGCUCUGUUUGCCAAGGCGCAGGACGCCUCGGCCCUGCGGAGGUGUUCGACGCUGAGGCUAAAGGAGCGCUGGAGGGCCUCAAAGCCGCUCUUAGGCUUCCCCAGAUUCACUUCUUGCUUGGUGAAGCGAAUUUCGCCGGCCGUCAUAUGGUCCCUGGCCCAUAA